AAAAUUUGCCUGAUGGGCAACUUCACGAUGAAGAGAAACAGUGACCCCCUGUAAUUAGUAAGACCUGCCAAUCUCCGCGCGGCAACCAGCCCAGUUACCAAGAGUGAACUAUCCAAAGCAAGAGCGUGGGCUCGCCCAGGGGUCGACAGGCGUUGAUUCUGACUAGUUGCUGUCUGAUUGCCCAGUGGUGCAGGACUGACUGCGCCUUAGCCCAGCUGACCCUGGCAGGAAAUUUCUGUUCCGUGUGGGUCACAGCUGCCAGGACUGGUUUGCUGUGAGCUUGGCCGCAGGCUGUAGGGAAGACUGUUCCUGGUGAGAAGGGUUUCAUAGCCACAGCUGGAACGGGUCUCAGGGGGUAGAAACUAAUAGAAACUAGCCAUAAAUGUUCUAGAAUUUUAAAAUUGUCUCCCCUAGCUUGCUUUUUUUUAAUUGUUAUUAUUUGUUUCGAGACAGGGUUUCACUCUGUAGCCCAGGUUCGUUUGAGAAAUCUGGAGAUCCUCCUGCCGUAUCUUCCUGAGAGUUAGGAUUUCAGGCUGAACCACCAAUGGCCCCACUUUUUUCUUUUAAAGUCAAAGUUAAGAACAGUCACACGACAAUUCUAGGUUGUUCUUUUAAGCUAUGGUAAGGCUCCUUCAUGAAGAUCUGAGAGUAAUUCAGUGGCUAGCGGAAGCUUGGGGCACGCGCCAGAGAAAUGGCCGUGAUGGAUAUUUCCGCUUCGUAGUAGCCAGAGUGGUGCCCAGGGCUGAAGGAAGGAGAUGGCGUGGGGUGAGCCCUGCUACAUAUGGCUGGUGGAGAUGCUGACAUCUGUGUGGGGCGAGCUUCUGCCUCAGCUGCCGUGUGAGAAGCCUGGCCAGGACUUAGUGCUCUGGCUGUGGGUUAGCUGUAGACAGGACUGGGCCAAGAGAGGGAAUGCUCCCUUAGCAUCAAGAAGAGGAAGCGACGAUCAUGUGAGCAUGUUUGUAAGUUAUUAUUGUCCAUAGUUAUAAGGGGGUCAGGCUCUGCCUGCCAAGGACCUCAGAGGUGACUGUAGAGGAAAUAGAAAGGGUUGUCUGUGUGCUGAGAUUAAGAUCCCAGCUGAAGCUUCCGUCUGUAGAAUGAAUAAAAUCACCUCUGGGAGCUGGGGACAGUGCUGACGGUUUGUGCUGUGCGCAGGGGACGGCUGUCCCUCCAAGUUUCUCCUCUUUCGAGCGAAGAGGAAGCUGGGAUGUGUGACCGGAAUGGCGGGCGUCGGCUCCGGCAGUGGCUGAUUGAGCAGAUUGACAGCAGCCUGUAUCCGGGGCUGAUAUGGGAAAGCGACGAGAAGACUAUGUUCCGUAUCCCUUGGAAGCAUGCCGGCAAGCAGGAUUACAAUCAGGAAGUGGAUGCUUCCAUCUUCAAGGCCUGGGCAGUUUUUAAAGGGAAGUUUAAAGAGGGGGACAAAGCUGAGCCAGCCACGUGGAAGACGAGGUUACGCUGUGCUUUGAACAAGAGCCCAGAUUUUGAGGAAGUGACCGAUCGAUCCCAGCUGGACAUUUCCGAGCCAUAUAAAGUUUACCGAAUUGUCCCGGAGGAAGAGCAAAAAUGCAAGCUGGGCGUGGUGCCUGCAGGCUGUAUGAGCGAUGUCACAGAGAUGGAGUGUGGUCGUUCUGAGAUCGAUGAGCUAAUCAAGGAGCCUUCUGUGGAUGAAUACAUGGGUCUGACCAAAAGGAGCCCAUCCCCCCCAGAGGCCGGCAGGAGCCAGGUCCUUCCUGACUGGUGGGUCCAGCAGCCCAAUGCAGGCCUGCCACUGGUGACCGGGUAUGCUGCCUAUGACACACAUCAUUCAGCCUUCUCCCAGAUGCUGAUCAGCUUCUACUAUGGGGGCAAGCAUGUGGGCCAGGCUACCACCACCUGCCCUGAGGGCUGCCGCCUAUCCCUGAGCCAGCCUGGCCUUCCCAAGCUGUAUGGGCCGGAUGGCCUGGAGCCAGUGUGCUUCCCAACAGCUGACACCAUCCCCAGCGAGCGGCAGAGGCAGGUGACCCGGAAGUUGUUUGGGCACCUGGAGCGUGGUGUGCUCCUGCACAGCAACCGCAAGGGUGUGUUUGUGAAGCGGCUGUGCCAGGGCCGAGUGUUCUGCAGCGGCAAUGCAGUGGUGUCCAAGGGCAGGCCCAACAAGCUGGAGCGGGACGAGGUGGUGCAGGUCUUUGACACCAACCAGUUCUUCAGAGAAAUGCAGCAGUUCUACGCCUCGCAGAGUCGCCUUCCCGAUAGCAGGGUGGUGCUGUGCUUCGGGGAGGAGUUUCCGGACACAGCACCCUUGCGCUCCAAGCUCAUCCUGGUGCAGGUGGAGCAGCUGUAUGCCAGGCAGUUGAUGGAGGAAGCAGGCAAGACCUGUGGUGCUGGCUCCCUGAUGCCAGCCCUGGAAGAGCCCCAGCUAGACCAGACCUUCCGGAUGUUUCCAGAUAUUUGUGCCUCACAUCAGAGACCCUUUUUCAGAGAAAAUCAACAGAUCACCGUCUAAGCCUCUCUCCGGGCAUCCCACCUUGCCCGAGACUCAAGUGUCGCAAUUCUUUGAGUGACAGGAUUAUGAAGGAUGUGAACCCCCCUGACUAGGGAGGGCAGUGUCCCCCGUGGGGCCUCAAGAAGCCCAGCCAUGGACACACUCCUGAUCAGGCAGAUGCUGGAAGCUUGCAGGGGCUGUGGCCAGAACCCUGCAAUUAAAACAUUUCUUUAAUGAGUUUUCUCCUUUACCAUUAAUGGCUAUUCUUUCUGUAUGUUGGAGUCCCUUUGACAGUAAAUCAGUCUGCCAAUAGAGCUACCCUUGUCCUCCUCUGACUGGAGGUAGAGAUUUGUGACUUCCUCUGCUUGAUCGUACACAAUGCAUCUUUUUUACUAUUUGGCCCUUUUCUUUUAGUUUUUGGCCAGAAGGCUGAGAAAGUAAGUUGAUACAUAUUUUUUUCCAAAAAGCUUCUGUAAUGAGGUGGUCCCAGGUAACCUCUGUCUUCUGUCUAAAUGGUUUUCACUUUUUAAACAAUUUGUAUUGCAUGCCCUAAUGUCAAUCACUUUGGACCUUUCCUGUAAAGGGCAGAUUAUAAAUAGGAGUGUAGAUACUGCUUGUGGGUUUCAUAUGAAUUUUCGUUGUGGCUCAUCAAUUCCCAUGACUCUGUGUCAGCUGGCGGGGGUUUGCGUGGGGCCAUGGUAGGACCAGGAACUGUGGAGAGGACCGGUCCAUAGGCAUCUCACCCUUCCAUUGUCCCGCUUCACACCUUCCCUGAAGGCCCAGUGAAUAGCAAUGUCCAAAUUGCACUCUAGGCUUAGAGGUGCCCACCCACAUACCAGAGAAAGGUACAUAUCCCACACAGCACAGGGCAGAAUGCCCAGCUGUAGCAUGCUGAGUAGAAGCCAGGGUGGAAAACUCAGGGCACGGCUCUGUGACUGAGGCCCAUUUGUGCCCUCAAUCUGGCUGUCCAGUCUAGUAUCUAAUUUAAAUCACUGGCUGUGGGGCCGCAGGAAUGCCUCCAGGGCCGCUUCCUGUAGGAGUGAGCCACUGCCAAUGAUUUAGUUUGGCUAUCCGUGCACAGCAGGUGCCGAUGCCAAGCACAUGUGGCCACAGGGAGCAUCCUCUUCCUUCCACUCUUGUCUGGAGACAGGAGAGGCCUCCUGGAUCUGUUCCCCUUUGUAACCAGCCUGGGUCCCUCCUGAUGUGCUCAGCAUUCCACAGUGAAGGGCAGGGGACGCUUUACUUGACUGUAGUUCUGAGAAGUGGGGGGAAGUAUGAGGGUUCCGAAGACAGUCCCAGCCAAUGAGGGGCUCGACAGGCCACACCCUACAACCAGAAAAGCCAACGAACACAGAGAACUUCGUGGCUGUGGUGUGAAGGUGGUGGAGGUGGGCCAGCUCAACAGACACCGUCGCCAGAGUGUGUGCCGCCUGCAAACAGAACCCGGGGCUUGCUUCACCCCCUCGGCCAAAGCCAGGAACAUCUCUUCUGAAGCCAGGACAGUCUGUCUGCUGCCCGCGUGUCACAUGUCACCUCCUGCCUCCGUGAGUGCUAGCGCACAAAUCUGUAAUCCAAAUAUUUAUUUUUGUAUCCAUUGAAAAAGUAUUGAUCUUAUUCUUUAUUAAAGUAAAUUACUCUUUC